AUAUGCUACCACUUUUGAACGAGUGAUACUUAUCAUCGGUUUGCUGUGUGCAUCGAUUGUGGGGCUUUCGAGUCCGAUCGCCAUGCUUAUUUUCCGAGAAAUCAUCAACAAUAUAACCCCGUCGACAUUCUCAUUCAGCGUGAUUAAGCAGUAUCUUUUUUAUUACGUUAUCAUGGCGGAAGUUCUUUUCAUACUGUGCGUCACGCAAGUUGGAUUUGUGAGCAUAUCCGCAAAGCGACAGACACGUAGGAUACGUUCGCUCUUUUUCAAGGCGAUCAACCGUCAAGACGUAGCCUGGCACGACGAAAAUGCUGCGGGUUCUCUUUUGAGCAAGCUUACCGAUAAUAUAUUCAACAUCGAACAGGGUAUGGGCACCAAACUGGGCGAGUUCGUUCAACACAUGUCUGGUUUUCUCGGUGGUAUUGUCAUCGCCUACUAUGUCAACUACAAACUGGCUCUUGUAGCCACUGCCAUGUUACCCCUCGUUGUGGCUGGAUUUGGUUCUUUCGGAGUACUGGGGAAGGCGUUUAUGAAACGAGAAAUGGAAGCCUACUCAAAGGCAAGCGCAAUAGCAGGGGAGGUGCUGUCGUCCAUCCGAACCGUGAUGGCCUUUGGAGGAGAGAAACGCGAGGUGAAGCGUUAUGUGGCAGAGUUAUCUUCCGUAGAGUCAGUCGGCAUCAAAAAAGCAUUGGCGUUUGGAGGAGCCAGUGGACUUAUCGCAAGUUCAAUAUAUCUUUCUGCCGCCUUAGUAUUUUGGUAUGGCGUAACUCUGAUGUUGGAUGGCUUGGAUCCAGGUGCAGUGGUCACGGUGUUCAGCUGCAUCAUACUUGGCAGUAUAUUUAUGGGUUCGGCCUUUAUGACCUUCCCAAAUAUUAUACACGCUCUAGCUGCCGCUCAGGAUGUGUAUGGAACAAUCGAAAGAAUCCCGAAAAUCGAUAAGGACCGAGGAGGAUUACGACUGCCAAACUUCACCGGAAAUAUCACUUUUCAGAAUGUAGAUUUUGCCUACCCAACAAGACCAGAAGUAACUGUUUUAAGGAAUUUCAGUUUGCAUUUGAAAAGCGGUCAGACGAUUGCGUUGGUCGGACCAAGUGGGUCGGGUAAAAGUACAGUUGUGCAGCUGAUCCAGCGCUUCUAUGAUCCAGCAGCAGGCAAGGUGCUGAUAGAGGAUGUGGAGUUGUCACUGUUGGACUUGAAACAUUUUCGCUCAAUGAUCGGCUGCGUUCAGCAAGAACCGGUGCUGUUUGAUGGAACCAUUUUUGACAAUAUACGUAUGGGCAAGUUGGACGCAACAGCUGAAGAAAUAAUCGAGGCGGCCAAGCUAGCGAACGCGCACGAUUUCAUUUGUACACUACCGGAGGGUUACGAAACACGGAUCGGCGAAGCAGGCGGUGGACUUUCGGGAGGACAAAAGCAACGAAUCGCUAUUGCUCGGGCAAUAGUGCGGCAGCCACGACUGUUAUUGUUGGAUGAGGCAACCUCUUCUUUGGACACACGGUCAGAACGUGCUGUCCAGGAAGCAUUGGAGCGGGCGGCUUCGGGGCGCACGGUGCUGAUUGUGGCACACCGACUCACAACUGUGCGUCAUGCUGAUCUAAUCAUGGUGUUGAGUGAAGGAGAAAUAAGAGAGGUUGGAACGCACAAACAACUCAUGAAAGCAAACGGGCUAUACGCUGCGAUGGUUCAAAGUCAGGCUGGAGAUCAGUUUGAAGGAGGAACUAACGGAUCACAUAUUCCGGAUGGCCUGGGACAUACUGAACUCAACUCACAUAGAGUUCAGGACUCGGAGGUGAAAAGGAGAGUCUCGAUUAUGGAGGAAGCUGAUGCUGUAUCGGACACUAGUUCAAUUAUGGCAAAGGAAGAUAAUGCUGUGGGUUCGCCGUCCACGGGAAUAUCCAAAAAAAGGAGCAAUAACCCUACGUUGCGCCUAAUAAAGAUGAAUCGUCCGGAAGCAGUCUCUCUUACACUGGGAUUUCUAUUUGCCAUCCUGUCGUCCUUAGCGUUUCCCGUUUUCGCGAUUCUCUACUCUGAGGUGUACGACAUCAUAACCAAACCCUCUGGAGAGAGUUCGAUGAAGGCUCGCAUCGCUGUGAUAAGUGCAUCAAUGGCAGGUGUUGGCUUGGCUCAGUUGCUUAUUGGGAUCGGACAAGGAUACUUCUUUGGCGUUGCUGGGGAGCGACUGAUCAAGCGCAUUCGUGGUCUCUUGUUUGAGUCAAUUCUACAACAGGAAGUCGCCUGGUUUGACAGCCGAGAACACCAGCCAGGUUAUCUAACGGCCCUGCUUGCAACGGAGGCGACUAAAGUCUCGAAAUUCACUGGAGCUCGAUUGAGCUCAGUGCUUGAGGCCAUCCUGAUCAUAACGUUAUCGCUAGCUGUUGCACUCUAUUACAACUGGCAAGUCACUCUCGUGAUGCUGUCAUUCUUUCCUAUGCUUGCAGCUGGAAAUGCGCUCCAAACCAAAAUGUUCGGCCAGGCAAAGGAUACGUUUCAAGAUUCCAAAGCUAUCCAGAUUGCACAAGAAGCAUUCAAAGGCAAUCGAACGGUAACGAGUUUCGCGCUCGAGGAUUUCUACAACGAUCAAUUUGUUAAGUCUUCGAGAAGCUAUCUCAGGCAGCAGUCGAACCAGGCCAUGAUGCAGGCAAUCCUGUGUGCCCUUUCGCUUACAAUUCCCGCGCUCUCGAUUUGUGCCACAUUUGGAUUGGGAGCUUACCUGAUCGACCAGAAGAAGUCGGAUGUGGUGUCGCUUUUCAGGGCAUUUUUAGUCAUCAACUUUGCGUCUCAAGCCAUUGGACGACUGGGUUUCACAGCUACGGAUGCGAAACAAGUCAGUGAAGCUGUGGAAAAGAUACUACACAUUGUGGAUCGCGUUCCAAGGAUUAUCCUCAAUGCUGGGGAUAUACCACUAUCUCCAUUCAAGGGGAGAGUGCAAUUCAGGCGCCUUCACUUUCGCUAUCCUACAAGACCGGAAGUCAAAAUAUUAACGAGCUUCUCACAUGAUGUUGAACAAGGAAAGAAGGUAGCCCUGGUAGGCCAAUCCGGUUGUGGUAAAUCAACUCUGCUGCAAUUGGUUCAACGAUUCUACGAGCCAGAUGACCAUGGUCCGAAUUCAGGAAUAUUCUUCGACGGAAUGAACAUCAGGGACUUGGCGCCAUGCUGGAUCAGACAGCAGAUUGCCAUUGUAUCGCAAGAACCCACUUUGUUCAAUAUGAGUAUACGGGAGAACAUUGCCUAUGGGGAUAAUACGAGGAUAGUCUCAAUGGAUGAGAUUAUCGAAGCUGCUAGGACGGCCAAUAUUCACGAGUUUAUCAUGUCUCUGCCUGAGGGAUAUGAAACACUUGCCGGAGAAGGGGGUUCGCAGCUUUCCGGUGGUCAGAAGCAACGCAUAGCGAUUGCCAGGGCACUGAUUCGACGACCGGUACUUUUACUCCUCGACGAAGCAACAUCAGCUUUGGACACUGAAAAUGAGCGCCUCGUACAAGAAGCACUGGACGCUGCGAUGGAGAAUCGGACUUCAAUUGUGGUGGCACAUCGUUUGACUACUGUGGAGAACACGGAUGAGAUUGUUGUGAUUGAAAACGGGAGGAAGAUAGAAUGCGGAUCACCGGAUGAGCUUUUGGCUGCAAAGGGGGCUUUCCAUGCCCUACAUCACGCAGAAGCAAGCUGAAGCAAGAAACGAAAACGUAUUCCACUUCCUUUCAUUUGGUUGCCAAUGACUUUGAUCCUUUCAUGUUUUUCCCCUUGAGGAAUCAAACCAAAAACGAUCGUCCCAAACAUACAGCCACACUCUAUGAUUAACACUUUUUGUCUACUGCUGAAUAGGAGCAGGUUGAGCGUUGAUCGAGCUUCACAACCCAUAUGGUCCAUUGAAACCAGUAGUAUUCACAUAGCUCGUUAUUAUGAACAAUGCUCCGGAAAGAUAUUAUGGUUGUGGACGGUAAUCACAAGUGUUUGGCUGUUGAUUUCUACUGAGAAGAAUGUUG